CCGGUGGUCUGGGUUUUGUGAUGCUGCUUUAUACCAUGCUUGAGUCUGUAAUGUUGGUCAGGGUCAGGGUCAGCCGGUGGCUUGCGUCCCGGGACAUGCAUGCUUCAGUUGAGGGAUGUCCGUCCAAUCGUCACAUGCAGCGAUCGUGCGUGUUGGCAAGCCCAUGGGAGAUGCGAUGCGGGAGAAGAAGUGGUCCAGAACAGGAUACAAGGACACGCCAGCUCAAGUGUCCAACCAUAUAAAUGUAUAGGCACGUAGCCUCUGCAACCAAGCAGUGCAUACUCGCCAGCUACAUUCCUCAGCGACCCAACACGUUAUUCAACAGGAAUCAGUGAUGGCCGCCCCCGCUGCCGCCCCCGGCCGCGCGUACGAGGACUUCGUGCCGCCGCACAACAUGGUCACCGAGCCGGCGACCCACACCCUCUCCGUCGAUCUCACCGCCGCAGGGUACAAGAAGGAGCACAUCAGGGUGCAGCUGGUCCGCAGCCACGGGCUAGUGGUCGUGCGCGGCGAGCGCGCCGUCGCGGGCAACCGCUGGAGCCGCUUCCGGCUGGAGUUCCGCGUGCCCGACGGCUGCGACCUCAAGGGCAUCCACGCGAGGUUCGAGGGCGGCGUCGUGCGGGUCACCAUGCCCGGGCUAAGGACGGGGCCUGCGGCCGCGGUCGGCGACGUCUCCGGCAAGCAGGUGCCCCCGGCGGCCAAGGCCGAUGCUUCCGGCGUUCGAGCAGGAGACAAGGAAGAUGAGAACGUGCAGAAACAGCCGGUGGAGGAGCGCGGGGCCGACGCGGUGAAAGAUAGUGGCCGCCUUGAUCAAGGACAAGGUACCCCUGCCGACGGCGUCCAAGGAGUGGAGGCACCGGCGCCGGCGUCAGGCCGCGGAUACAGCUACCUCCCUGAACGGAGAAAGCUUGUGACCAGCGUGGUUGGCGCGGUGCUCGUCCUGUUUAGCCUUGGCAUCUACGUCAGGUACAGCUUCGGCCCAUGAGCUGAGGCAAGAGGUGUUAACUACUCGACGUCAUUCUCUCUCUCAAAAAAAAAAAAACUACUCGACGUCAGAUGAGCGAUGAGCCUAAACGAUUUGCCGCCAAAACAUGUGCAAGUGCGAUAGUGCUAAAAGCGAUGCUCGGGUUGACUCAAUUGUAUCCUAAACCUGAACUACAGCUGCUUAAGAUUCAUGAAUCAUGACGGCUUCGUUAAUCUGGUA